AAAAGUCGUUUUCUGUUUUCUAGAAAACGCGCGUUUUCGAGAAAAUGAAAAUGAAAACGGUGCAAACCAAACGCACCCUUAGGUUUUCUACGAUUCCAAGGUUAUCAAUAUUUUUUUCCAAAAUUGUCCGAAGAGGAAAGCUUUGUUUCCACACACUGACGGAAAGCUUGUCGUCGACUCCUCCUCCUCCUCUUCCCCUGUUUCUAUUACGCUAUAAAUCCAGAACAGGGUCGUUUCGUCGGCAACAAGAUCGUUGUCUUCGACCAUUUCAUCCCGAGGUUGCAGUUUUGGAUCGAUUGAUAGCUUCCUGUGCUCAUGCCUGGGUUUAGAAGAAGCCGGUUGGCAUGGCAAGCUACGUCGAGGAUACCAAGCUACGCCUUGGUUUGCCGGGAUCCGAUGCGCUGGCUACAAGGGGUAGCAAAAGGUCGCUGCCGGAGGAUGACGCUGCGGGCCAAGGCUCAAGUGGUUGGUUGGCUGCCGAUCCGAAUGUACAGGAAGAACAGCUUCCAGGCGAUGAAGGUGGAGUCGGAGGCUUCUGGGUUGUUCGUGAAGGUUAGCAUGGAUGGAGCUCCUUACUUGAGGAAUAUUGAUCUCAAGGUUUACAAAGGGUAAAAGGAACUCAGGGAGGGCUUGGACGACAUGUUCAAUUGCUUCUCUCAAGGAGAAUUGUCAAGAAAAGAAGGGUGCAAUGGAUCUGAAUUCGCCAUAACCGUCGAAGAGGAGAUGAGCAGGGAUGUCGAUCGCGUCAUCACUAUGCCUUCUCUCCCCUCCGAGCUCUGUACCUGUUCGUUCUUCGUGGAGAUGGCGCACCAGCGGCUUGCAGAGGAGGCGGCGCCGGUGCCGGUUGCUUGCGGAGGAGGUGGCGCUGGCGGCUUGCGGAGGAGGCGACACUGGUUGCUUGCGGAGGGACCACGCGAGCUUCAGUCCCCGCUCCGUAGCGAGAUCGUGGCCGCCUGCGACGCCUGUGGAGAACGUAGGUGCGGUGUUGGCGAUGGUCGCAGUCCAGCCGAUGAAUGCGCGUGCGAAUGAGGAAGAGACUCGUGAUUGGAGUUCGGAAACAACGACAGGGAAGAAGAGAAGUCACGGGAGAGAAGAGAUAAAAAAGGUUUUCAUUCAAUUAAAUUAAUUCAAAAAGUUAAAGGGUAAAUUAGUAAAUGUAAAACUAAGUAAUUGUAUAAUCUUAGUUGAAUCAAACAUCUAAUAA